AUGGCCCCUCAGAACAUCCGCGCCAUCUAUGGCAUCCCGCCGUCCCUCCCUUCCCUCACCGACUCUGUCCUCGUCCUCAUCGACACCCAGGGCGAAUAUGCCGACGGACUCUUGAAGGUCGAGAAGGCUGCCGAGACCCGCGCCGUCAUCAAGGGCCUCCUGGACCGCUACCGCGCGGCAGGCCCCAACUCCGUCGUCCACGUUGCCCAGGCCAGCCGCGAGGGGGCGCCCGUCUUCACUCCGGGCACCCCGUUGGCGGAUAUUCUACCAGAACUCACGCCCACAGACUCUGAACCUGUUGUCUAUAAGCGCCAUGCCACGGCGUUUACGGGCACAACCUUCCAGCAGGAGCUCGACAAGAUUGGCAAGAAGAAGCUGGUCGUCGUCGGCUACAUGGCCCACAACUGCGUCUCCGCAACUGUCCGCGCCGCUGCCGAACUCGGCUAUGACGUCUACGCCGUCCGUGACGCUGUUGGCGACCGCGACCUGCCUGGCGCCUCGGCCGAGGAGCUUGUGCGCGUGUCGCUCAUUGAAUUAGCCGAUGUCGUGGCCACCAUCAUCGACAGCAAGGAUGUCCAGUGA